AUGUCUUCCCUCCAAAAGUCGAUUUUAAAAUCAAAACUACCACCAUCAGGUGUCAAUUUUGGAAUCGGCUCUAGGGUCAGCAAGUCAAAAGGAUUUCAGCGUAAGAGAGAUUAUGAACCAGUUCAAUGGAUUCCAUAUUUUGAUCAUUCCGAAGAUAUAACAAUAGGAAGUGGCAUAUUUCAUAUUUAUACCAAGGGGACGGAAGGACCAGUGUUAGUAAUGCUACAUGGGGGUGGUUACAGUGCAUUAACAUGGGCAGAAUUCACAAAGUCAAUUAUGACCAUGAUAGUCUGUAAAGUUAUGGCAAUUGAUCUUAGAGGACAUGGCGAUACUUUCACUGAAAAUGAAGAAGAUUUAUCUGCAGAAACUUUAGCAGAAGAUGUUGCAGCAAUUAUAAAAGCAGCAACAACGGAAGAUAGUUCUGUAAUAAUGGUGGGUCAUAGUAUGGGUGGUGCAGUAGCUGUGAGAGCUGCUCCAUUAAUCCCAAAUCUAUGUGGAUUAGGAGUUAUUGAUGUUGUUGAAGGAACUGCUAUGGAUGCACUAGCAUCUAUGCAAAGCUUUUUAAGAUCUCGACCAUCUAGUUUUAGUUCUAUACCUCAAGCUGUGGAAUGGUGUGUACGAAGUGGCCAAAUCCGUAAUGUACAAUCAGCUAAAGUGUCGGUUCCUGGACAAAUAAAGAACACUGAAACCAAUAAAUUAGCCACACAUGACAUUGAGUCACUGUCACAUUCAUCAUGUGAGUGUGAUACAGAGACAACGAUUUCGCGAGAAGAUGUUAUCCAAGAAGAAGAGCCUGUAAAUAUGUUACCGCCGCCACCGCAUACUACUGCCCUUGCCACUAAAAAAUAUGUUUGGAGGAUAGACUUAUCAAAGACUGAAAAACAUUGGUUUGGGUGGUUUAAAGGAUUGUCAACUGCAUUUUUAAAUGUACCAGUUCCUAAGAUGCUACUUCUAGCUGGCGUGGAUAGAUUAGACAAACAGCUCACUGUUGGACAGAUGCAAGGUAAAUUUCAAAUGCAUGUAUUACCAGCAUGCGGGCAUGCGGUGCACGAAGAUGUUCCAGAUAAAGUAGCAGAGGCGGUUGCGACUUUUAUGGUUAGACACAAAUUUGCAGAACCAGCAACCGAUUUUCCCCGAACAUUUCCUGCUUGUUAAGCUUCAUGAACAGGCAUAAUGGGCGAAUUUGUUAAGUAAGACGAUUAAGAGAAAAUCAAUUAGUUAAAAUGAUUUAUUUUAUUUAUUUGAAAAAAGUAUGUUCA